UGGUCUCCCCGCUAGUACGCCGCGCGGCCGGAGAGAGCAGUAGGUCCGCGAGGUAACCAUCGACUAAUGCCAAUGAACUUUAUUUACUUCUUUAUGUGAAUACUCCAUGCUCUGACAUAUAUCAAUUAUUUAAAAAGCCUGUAUGCAAGGUAAAGAAGGAUUAAUAAGUAAUCAUAAAAGAUACGUUACAAAUCCAGUGAUGGCAUUUGAAUUCUAGAGGACAGUGGAUUACAAUAAUAUCCUUGAGUUAAUUCUACAAAAUAAAAAAAUUCGUAUGUAAAGAUCAGUUGCAAACAUUAACAACAACAUUAGCAAAUGAAGCUACGAAAGAAUAUUUUACCCCGAACUUUGAGUGAUGUUUGCUCAAUGACGUUUAUCCUAAUUAUUGUGCCAAUGAUAUAUUGGUUCGAACUGUGGGUAGUUCUACCAGACUUGUACCAACCUGGAACACGGCGCUACUAUUUUCACUUUUUCUUGGGAAAUUUUAUUAUGUUGAACAUCGUAGGUAAUUUCACUUACACAGUUCUCUAUGAUACAAGUACAGCAAAUAUAGUGAUGCCUACAAGUACGGCAACUGCUCACAAUGGCUGGAGACUAUGUGCAACGUGUGAAGCAAUCGCGCCACCUCGCUCGUGGCACUGCCCAACUUGCGAUGUCUGCAUAUUAAAACGUGAUCACCACUGCAUCUUUACCGGUUGCUGCAUCGGUCAUUUCAAUCAUCGAUACUUUCUUAUGUUCCUCUUUUAUUUAUUUGUAGCAACAACUUAUGCCUUUUGUUUCAACAAUUAUUUUAUUUGGAACAAAAUUGAAUUCCAGUUUCCAGAGUCCAUUGUGAAAAUUGUCUUUCCUCUGGCGAUAUUUGUAUUUGAAUUCGAUAAUUCUAUGGAGCAAUUUUAUUUAAUGCUCUAUAUUGUAUCUAUCGUUGGAAUGCUGUUCAGUGGUGUCUUAUGUGUUUUUCAUUUUCGACUUGUAUUUAUUGGAUGUGUAGCUGACGAAUCGAAUAAGCAGAUCUAUACCUACAGUUUAGGUUGGAAAAGAAAUAUUCUAGAAGUUUUUGGUGAACGAUGGUACUUAACAUUUUUACUACCGUAUGUGCAUUCUAAAGUACCAAGUGAUGGCAUUACAUGGGAGAUAUCGUCAGUACAAAACAAAGAUAAUAAUAAAACAAAAUGAGUUUUUCUCAAUCUUCAGAUAAGUAAAUUAAUUUGUUUCAUAUCUGUGCGCGCGAACAAAUGCAUGGUAAUGGUUAAGGCUUAAUUAAAAUUAUUGUAGCACCUUAGGAGUUAAAGAAAAUAUGGUAAACUACUGAUGUACGUUUCUUUUGUACUUUAUAUACUGAUCCUAAAAAUAGUUUUGCUCAGUAUUUGUGUAUUGCAUUUAUGUAUUAUAAAUAAUAACCGUGUUGUAAAUUUCUUAUAAGAUAAAACAUAUUUUUUAAGUGAGUACUCGUUCAGUGAGUAGUUAAAUAUUUGAACAUAUACUAUAAACAUUAGAA